AUGGCAUCCCCGAUGGUCGAGGGCCGGGUCGAUCCUCACAAGAAAGCCCACUUUACACUGCAUAUCAGCGACGCGAUCGCAGACGGCGAGGUGGGAGAUUACACCAGCGUGAAAUACAACCACAAGCCCGCCCAGACGACCUCGAAGCGAAGCACCACCCUGACUGCUACCUCCACGAACGGCUAUAGGCUCACACUCGAGGACGAAAAGGCGGGCGACAACAAGGAUGUCUUCGUGUUCACGGGGCAGAAGACUGUGCCCAAGAAGUCGUACAUCCUGCUGUUCGACACGACUUCGCAGAAAGCAACCCUAGAGCCGCUCUCGUCCGCGUACACAUUCAACAUCGCCUCCAAGAACGGCUCGGAUAUCUCCUCCACACACUCGAAGAUAUACCCACGCAAGCAGAAAGACGCGCCAGACGACCCAGCCGCAGACGACCUCUUCGGUGGGGACGUUGACGACAAUGGCGACGGCGAUCCAGACUCCAACAACCCGUUCGACUUCCGUCACUUUAUGAACGGAGAAACCACAAAGAAUGGCAACGACUCAGAAUACGCGUUUGUGUCUUCGCCAGAUUACCGCACCGGCACUGGCUCCGCGAUGAACACGCCCCAGGUCGCCGCGCGCAAGCCUGCAGCCGCCUCUUCUAGACCAAAAGCCACACCACAAGCAGCAGCGAAGCCCAAGAAGCGGAAAUCUCCCGAGCCAGAGCGUGCAGCACCGAAGAAGACUGCGCCGAAGAAGCAGGCCGCGCCGCCUACAGUCCGCCUCGAGCGCCGCGCAACCGACAACAAGCCCGCGCGCAAAUCCGCGGCACCCCCGUCCUCCAAGAUCAAGUCCGCAGAAAUUGUGCAUUCGUCGGACGAAUCUGACGAGGACGGCGAACCAGACAACGCCUCUUCUCCGCCCGCACAGCGCUCUCCGUCCCCACCACACCGCGACGCCUCGCCUGAAUCAGACGAAGAUGAAGACGAAGAUAUGGAGGAAUUUGCGAUCGGGGAGUCACAACCAUCGCAAGUCCGCACUGGCGCGCUGGCUUCACUGGGUCUAGGUCAAAGCAUUGGCCAGGGCUACCACAAUUCACCCGGGGGCGGACCGAUAUCGCUCGCCAGUGCAGCGAGCAGCGUACAAGGCUCGCCGGAUCCGCAUGACUUCACGUCACACAAGUCACGCUCGAGACAGCAAGUCGACGACGAGGUCAUUGACUUUGGCGAUCUGGGAGGCCCCGCAGGGAGCGACGAUGAGGAUGCAGAGGAUGAUGGCAUGCAUGACGUGGAGGAGGAUAGGGAUGUGGAGUCGAUACAUUUGGGGAGUCCGGCGCAGCAGGCGAGUCACGACGGCGGCAUGUCGCUGAAUGCCGAUGCGGACGGGGAUGCGGAAGAGGAAGAGGAGGAUCCGCUGCUCAAAGAGAUGAUGGAGGGUCUUGCUGGUGGGGACAGUAGCGAGGAGAGUGAAGAGGAGUGA